AUGCUAGAAGAGCAUCGGCCUGAUGCAUCGCACGCCGGCAACCAUGUCGACAGUGAGCCAAGGCAAGUAGCACCGCCUACUAUGCUUCCAGGCUCGCGCGAUUCUCUUUUACUUCCUCCGGAACCAGCGCAGCCGCGAACCGCAACUUCGUUGCAGCUUCCUUCAUUAUCUCAACAACACCCCGUAGCACAAGAUGGGGCCAUCUCCCAACUUCAGUCUUCCUUACAAUCUCAGCUUCAUGUCCACAGCCAGAUACUCGAGGAACAGAGACAAGAGAUCGAGAACCAGAGACACCAGAUUGCUCGUAUGGACAACACGAUAGAAGCUCUGCGACACGAACAAAGGAACAUGUAUGCCGUGGUGGAUGAAGUCAGACAUGAAUUGCGAGCACGUAGCUCUGCGCCGGAACAUCAGCAUCCCGACACCAGUGAGGUUGACAUCCUCACUCGUGAACUACAGACCGUCUCGGCCAAGACGAAUGAGAUUCAUGGACUCAAGAUGCAGCUGGAUAUCCUUCGGAGUCAAGUAAGACGUCUGGAACAAGUGAGACAUGGAUCACCUGGAGCAAAUGGCGCGCCUCCUUCGGAACCUCUGAACCAUGAACAGGCGAGUCAUGCGCCAUCUUCGAUAGCUGGAUUUGCAACAAACACGCCGUCUGCACCAGAACAAAGGCCGCUCCUCUACCAAACACCUAUUGAGAAUCGACUUCCUGCCCCGAUCGCCGCCAAUCCCGAGCUGCCAGACCCUCGUGUUCAAUCAGAGUCGCGGACACUUCCUAGCAUUCGUUCCAUUGAUCCGAACACACCACUUUCUUCAUGGCGUCCUGCCGGUGCAAUCGCUCCGCCACCACCGAUGCCCAUGGUUGGAUCCUCACCACAGAUCGAGGCACCAGCACCUGGCAGUGGAUGGGCCGCCGUCAACACAAACACUGCGCCCAAACGUUUGAUCUCAGAGCCAUCAUUCGAGUCUACAACACCUGGAUCGCCCAAGAGACAGCGCUUAGCUCCUCUUAUGCCUCGGACUUACGAUCAGCAGAGUCCUGCACAAGGCUCUUCGCCUUACCAUUCGGUUUCUGGUGAUUCUUUGCCGACAGUUCCUACCUUACAAUCGACACAGAAUCCAUCUAACGAAUCUACUGGAAGUGUGCCUCCACAGCCUAACCCUCUGCGUUUUGUACAAUUUGCAUCAGGACUGGAAUCUGCACCAGAAGAAUCAUGGCGCCAAGGAGCGGGAUCAGCUAUAGACAGGACCAGAGGUAGCCCAAGAAGAGGAAGAGGAGGCAGAAGUCGGGGUGGACGCAAGAGUGGAGGUGGAGAGGGAGAUCGCGCCACACCGGAAUGGGAGGCACGUCCUGACAAUGUUCAAAUUCUCAACCCGCCCGAAGGACACGGAGGACCAGUUCAAGCUCCAGAACAAUCUGGCGAGGCAACAGCUGGCAUGUACCCCGACCCGCACUUCAUGCCUAUCACCACGACCGCUGAUGUGGCCUCAUCGAACCAUCCAACCAAGAAGACCCGUACCAAGCCUGUACGCAAUGCAGACGGUGUUCUUAUUCGCAAGGACGGAAGACCGGACAUGCGCAGUGUAAGCAGCGCUAUGAACCUUAAGAAGGUGCAUGCGAAGAAGGAGGCCGAACGGGCCAACAACAAGGAGAACUCUGCCGCAUCUGAAGACACCAAGGAUAAGACUACGCCCUACUCGGCAUCAGAGCAUGACGCAGGAGAAACAAGCGCCGCCAGUCCCAGUGUCGAUGGGCAUGCUACAGAUGGUGAGACCAGCAUUCUGGACCGUCACCAAGAAACCAUGCGUAAGGUUUUUCCCCAUGGCAUCGACAACCCCAGCGUGCAGAGCAUGGCACAACAAUUCUUCCCUAAACCAGACGAUACCCGUGCUGCGCCUCAGGUCAAGAUUGAAGCUAUGGUCGAAAGCGACACUACCACAAAAGAAGCACCUCGAGGACAUGAAGGGCCCAAACCUCUGAUCGAUGGGGAAAGGAGCAUGGUCCACCACACCGCAGGACGUGUGGAUGUUGAGAUGAACGACGCUAAAUAG